GAUCCAACAACGCGGAAGUCCGGCUGAGAUGACUACACUCUGACAUCGCCGUGGACAGCAGUUCUACUGUGGGACAGUCGCUGUGGGAGUUCAGAGCUUUGUUGGAUAUGAAUUUAAUCGAUAUUUAAACGCAUUGGGUUUGACAGGCGGUGAUAUUACGCACAGGGUGUGUGUCAGGUGUAGCUUUGUUUCUCACACUCUGAGUGCCGGCUUCGCCUCAAUAGGAUGACGUUCUUCCGCAGGCUUCUGCGCAGACGACUGCACCCAUGGAAGCUGGCCAUAGUGGCGUUGGUAUUCGUGACGUUCCUGUUUCUGAUGCAGCGAGAGGUGGUCAGUCAGAGCCCCCAGGACGAACCCUGGCUCAAAGGGAUUGUGGAGAAACGGGACGGCGUUCUUGAGAUGGUCAUGGGUGCGGUGAAUAACUUCCGGGACGCUAUGCCCAAGAUGCAGAUAAAAGCUCCGGUGAGGAAGCAGGAGAGCCAGGGCAGUCUGGCCUGUCUGGCCGGAUACUACACGGCUGCUGAGCUCAGACCGGUCCUUGAAAGACCACCGCAAAACCCCACUGCCCCAGGGGCUUCUGGGAAGGCUUUUCACACUGACAAUCUGAGCUCAUCGGAGCAAAAAGAAAAGGAGAGGGGAGAAGAGAAGCACUGCUUUAACUUGUACGCCAGUGACCGGAUCUCACUAAGCAGAGACCUUGGCCCAGAUACGAGACCUCCAGAAUGCAUCGAACAGACAUUCAGACGCUGUCCACCCCUGCCGACCACAAGCGUGAUCAUCGUCUUCCACAACGAGGCGUGGAGCACGUUACUGCGGACCGUCUACAGCGUCCUGCACACCUCCCCUGCUCUGCUCCUCAAAGAAAUCAUCCUCGUGGAUGACGCCAGCUAUGACGAGCGACUAAAGGACGAACUGGAUGAGUAUCUGAAACAGCUGCACAUCGUUCGCGUGGUCCGUCAGCGAGAACGAAAAGGCCUGAUCACUGCGCGGCUCCUCGGGGCCUCCAUGGCCUCGGGCGAAACUCUCACCUUCCUGGAUGCCCACUGUGAAUGUUUCCACGGAUGGCUUGAGCCGCUGCUGGCCAGGAUAGCAGAGAACUCCACCGCCGUAGUGAGUCCCGACAUCACCACCAUUGACCUGAACACGUUUGAGUUCAUGAAACCCUCACCGUAUGGACAGCAUCAUAACCGGGGGAAUUUCGACUGGGGCCUUUCUUUUGGUUGGGAGACCCUUCCGGAUCAUGAGAAACGGAGACGCAAAGAUGAGACGUACCCUAUUAAGACACCAACGUUCGCAGGAGGAUUGUUCUCCAUUUCCAGAGAUUAUUUCUACCAUGUAGGAAGCUAUGACGAGGAGAUGGAGAUUUGGGGAGGAGAAAAUAUUGAAAUGUCCUUCAGGGUUUGGCAGUGUGGCGGGCAGCUAGAAAUCAUCCCCUGUUCAGUCGUGGGCCACGUGUUUCGCACAAAGAGUCCGCACACCUUCCCUAAAGGCACGCAGGUGAUCGCUCGCAACCAGGUGCGUCUGGCUGAGGUCUGGAUGGACGACUAUAAAGAGAUCUUCUACCGGAGGAACCAGCAGGCUGCUCAGAUCGCCAAAGAGCGCUCUUUUGGAGACGUCUCCAAGCGUGUAGAUCUCCGGGACAAACUCCAGUGUAAGAGCUUUUCCUGGUAUUUGAAGAACGUCUAUCCAGAGGUCUUCAUGCCUGAUCUCAGCCCGCUGCAGUUUGGCGCGAUAAAGAACGUGGGGAAGGAGGCCUGCUUGGACGCGGGAGAGAGUAAUGAGGGAGGGAAACCUCUCAUUAUGUACCCCUGCCACGGGAUGGGAGGAAACCAGUAUUUCGAGUACUCGACCCAUCACGAGAUCAGGCACAACAUUCAGAAGGAGCUCUGUUUGCACGGGACGGAUGGAGUCGUCAAAUUAGAGGAGUGCCAGUAUAAAGGUCACAACACCAUCACAGGACCUCAGCAGAGAUGGGAGCUCAGAGAGGAUCAACUGUUCUAUAACAAGGGCUCAAAACAAUGCCUGACCGCUCGACAUGAGAACCCCUCUCUAGUGCCCUGCAAUCCAGCUGACAAGUACCAGCUCUGGGUCUUCACAUGAACGGCGGAACCAGUGACACACACACACACACACACUACAGGACGUGUGUACUCACGUGGUGACUUUUCUAGUUUUUAUACCGGAUGAGCUCAACCACAGUGAUGAUGACUAUCAGUCGCAUUCUCUGAAUGAACUGCAGAUUAAGGACGCAACAUGCAGAUUUUACAGCACCAAAGACUUCCUGAAAGUAUUUGCUUCAUAUUCACUUUUCACAAAGUGAGGUUGUUCUUUUCUUUUUUCUUUAAAUGUAGUGAAACAAAGUUCUCAUUACAGGUCAAAUAUUUUAAAUGGAA